AUGAGGUUCACAAUUGUUCUGUUUCACAUGAGUUUGCGACUUUUCACGCGAGGCGAGAUCCACCCACAUCCUUCUCCUGCUUACGGGACGAAACGGCGUCCACAAUUGUUCCGUUUCACAUGGAUUUGUGACUUUUCACGCAAGGCGAGAUCCACUCCAAAUCCCCACCUGAUUAAGGAGCAAAACGAGAUGUACAUAAUUGUUCUGUUCUACAUAAAUUUGCGAGCACUUGGAAUUUGUGGAAAUUUUAUUAUAGCACAAAUUUGGCUUAUAAUUGGGAUUGAUGUAUCAAUGAACGCGUCUAAACCACAUUAUUUCAUCGGUACAGCAGUCGAGUAUUUCGUCGAUCAAGAAAAGUAUUUCUAUUUAAUUUUGUUACACAUAUACGCAGAAUUAUGCGCUGGAACGAUUAUAAUGUUAGGAACAGCUGCAAUGUUUAUUACCUAUCUUGAGCAUGUCUGUGGAAUAUUUAGAAUUGCUAGUUAUCGUAUCGAGCAAGCAUUAAAUAUCGAUAUUUUUCGAAAUAUUACAAUAAAAAAUAAGGUUUUGAUGACAAAGGGCAUAGCUUGUGCAGUAGACAUUCAUCGUCAAGCAAUGAAAUUGUCCAAGCGUUUGACGUCCAUAUUCGAGACAGUAGUAUUUUGUUUCAUAGGAUGUUUAGUACUUUGCUGUAGCCUCAAUCUGUUUCAAGCGCGCAAGGCCGUUCACAAUUGCGUAGACUACGGCGGCACAGACAAUGACACAUUUGCCGCCGAAGUGUUCGCAAUUGUGAACGACUUUGCGCGUCUGCACGAAUAG